CGCAGUCACCCUUGGUGAAUGCUCGAACGCCGAUUCCAAUCGUGGAGGCACUGCAAGAAACCUCAUGCGCAAACACAAAAAUGUGUGACGUGGUGGAGAGCUGUGUGCUCCACGCUCGAUUCGGUCUCACUGAGAAUCUCAGAGAAGAAGCCUCGUCACGGCACGCUUUGUUUCCAUUUAAGAAUUCGGGCAGCUUCAAUUGAGUGCAGAAUUCACGUGGCAGGACGACAACAAGAACAUUCCGUUGGCAACACACGGCCUUCUGGACUCUGCGGGGCAACUGCAGUCAGAACCGAAGCGCUGCGCAUGCAAACGUUCAAACAACGCACUUUAAAGUAGGCCCUAUUAGCUCCACAUUGUGUCUACAAAUAUAGCCAUUUACACAGUAACUUGUCCAAAAAUUCACACCAAUCGAUUCAUGUUCCAUCUCGCCAACACGGAACGCACUUAUGCUCAACACUGCAUAUCAAU